AUCAUGCAAUUAUUUAAAGGUCAAGUACAAAGAGAAUUAUGAGAAAUCUAAAGGCAAAUCAAUGCUUGAGUUUGUGGAUACACCAAUGUACCAAGUUUCAAAGGAUGUUCAAAAGAUGCAGAGUGAGAAAAUAUAUCGCAAAGAUUUUGAGGAAAGUCUUAAGGGAAGGCCCUCUCUGGAUUUAGACAAGACCCCAGAGUUCUUGCAUAUAAAGCAAGUCACUAAUCUUCUGAAGGAGAAAGAGUAUAGAAAAGAUUUGGAAGAAUGGAUGAAAGGAAAAGGAAUGACAGUGUUUGAAGAUACGCCAGAUUUGAUUAGAGUUAAAAACGCGGCUCAAAUACUAAAUGAGAAGCAAUACAAGAAAGAUCUGGAAACUGAAAUUAAAGGGAAGGGCAUGCAAGUUGGUCCAGAUACUCCUGAGAUAAGACGAGCCAAGAAAGCUUCUGAAAUUGCAAGCACUAAAGAAUAUAAGAAAGACUUGGAGAAUGAAAUUAAAGGAAAGGGAAUGGAAGUGGGCAUGGAUACUCCUGAUAUACAACGAGCAAAGAAAGCUUCUGAAAUUGUAAGCCAGAAAGAAUAUAGAAAAGAUCUGGAGACUGAAAUUAUAGGAAAAGGGAUGCAAGUUGGUCCAUUUACUCCUGAAAUACAACGGGUCAAAAGGGCUUCAGAAAUAGCAAGCCAGAAAAUGUACAAAGAUGAAGCAGAGAAGAUGCUCUGUAACUAUUCUGCUGUCCCAGACACUCCAGAGAUGGAGAGGAUAAAAAGUACUCAGAAAAACAUCAGUUCAGUGAGUAAUAGUGCUUCUCUCUUGCACAUUUUCAGAUAUUUUCUGCUUAAAUAGUGUCCCUUGUGCCUUAGCAUGAAAUAGAGGACUUAUGAGUAAAUGUCCUUCGAACUAUUUGCAAUAUUUU